AAAAAAGAAAGCACUCUACGCCACGCAACCUAUAACCCUUUCGCCUUCAAUCAAUUCAUCUUCCACGCCAUCGAUUUUCCCGAGAAAAAAAAAUACAAGCUUUAUUACUUAUUGAUUCAAUUUUGUGUCUGCUAAGUAUUUCUGAUUAUCUCGUGUACCGUCGUCGCAAUUUUUCGCAAGACUAUUGAACUUACUUUGGAAAUUCAGUCGGUGGAUUUUGGCUGUUUGUUUCUCGAUAUAUCGUUUUUGAGCAUGGUGCUCUGAUCGAGCCAUCCGGGUAAUGGACUGGCUGUUUUUGCCUGCUGUCAGUUUGUAUGAGUGAUGUUCAGAAUCAGUGGGCAAAAAGGCGUUCACGCUCUCAAUUUAUUCAAUUGGAAAAGGCAUAGUACAACAUCUCUAACCACUGGGCUUCUUAAUGAUGAGCCUCAUGAAAUCGAGUUGUCCGAUUACCACAAAGCGCCUAGUCACUGCAGUGAAAGCCCGUCUGGGUUUCUUGAUGGAGAGAUCUUAAAUUCCGAGCCGAUUGACGACUUGGAUCUGUUCUUCGAGAGGGUUUACAACUAUUAUUGCGAAAAGGGUCUUUGGUGCAUUAUCAUUAAGUGGGUGUUUGAGCUUCUAAGCUUGGCUUUCACUAUAUGCUUCUCUGGAUUUUUUUUGCUUUAUGUCGAUUGGAACGGCCUUCGAAAUGCAAAAUGUGGGAUGGAUGCAAUUGAGUCGGGUAUCAAACCCUGUGACCUGUCCAAGGAAGCUUUGCAUGAGCAUCCAUUGACCCCUUUUACUCUCUCAAAGGCUAUAAUUGUAGGGUAUUUGGGUAUUUUCUCGAUCUACUGGAUUUUCUGCUUUCUGAGGUUCUUUGCGCAAUUGAAGGAGACUUUAAAGAUCCGUCGAUUUUACUACAACAGUCUACAUGUCACGGAUAAUGAAAUCCAGACUAUGCCAUGGUCUUCGAUACUUGAGAAAGUCGUUCAGGUGCAGCAUUCACAGAAGCUAUGUGUGGUGAAGGAUCUUUCUAUUCACGAUGUGGUGAUGAGGUUGAUGAGAAAAGAGAAUUACUUGAUUGGGAUGCUCAACAAAGGGGUACUUUCCUUUCCAAUGUCUUGGUGGGUCCCGGGUGCUGGCACAACUAUCAAUGUCGGCUUAAAUGCUGCUCAGCAUCGUCUGGUUCUGCCAAAGACCCUCGAGUGGACCUUGAAUUGGUGCAUACUGCAGAGCAUGUUCGACAGAAAUUUCUGCAUACGAAGGGAUUUUGUUUCUGAUCCCAAUACAUUGAAGAAAAGGCUUAUGAUAGUCGGCUUUGCACUGCUUCUUCUCUCCCCAUUCCUUGUUGACCAUUUGUUCAAGCACCGGAUGAACAGCAGCAUAGCACACGCCUCAGACUAUUUAAAACAGUUCCCUUCACCUAUCUUAUCUAUCGUUGCGAAAUUCAUCUCGUUUGUUUCCGGUGGUUUUGCUGCUGUGCUCAUAAUCAUCGCAUUCCUCGAGGAAUCCCUUCUGGAAGGCCAUAUAUUUGGUCGAAAUUUAUUCUGGUAUGCGGCCGUUUUCGGGACUAUAACGGCUAUAAGCCGAGCUGCCAUGAUGGAUGAGCUUCUGGUCCUCGAUCCACAAGGGGCCAUGACCCUUGUUGUUCAACACACGCAUUAUAUGCCGAAAAAAUGGCGUGGGAAAGAGCACACUGAGACUGUACGUCUCGAGUUUGAAACUCUUUUCCAGUACACAGGGAUGAUGCUAAUGGAGGAGAUGGCCUCGAUUUUUCUCACACCUUAUUUACUUUUAUUUGUUGUUCCUAAGAGAGUAGAUGACAUCUUACAAUUCAUUAUGGACUUCACUGUGGAUGUUGAAGGUGUAGGUCAUAUUUGUAGUUUUAGCCUGUUCAAUUUCAAGAAUCAUGGAAAUCGGAAGUAUGGAUCAACAUACAAUUCGCCUUGUGAUCGAAGGAGUUCGCAGGGGAAAAUGGAGAAGUCGUUUUUGAGCUUUCAGAUUGCGUAUCCUUCUUGGGAGCCCAAUCCCGACGGCAAACAAUUCUUGAAGUCUCUAAAAAAAUUCCGAGACCAAAAGCUGCCAGGUCAUCAUCAUCGAACCAACAGCCCGAACUACCAAAACCGGAACAGCUUCCUCUUCUCGAGAGAAAAGAACUCCACAACAAGCAGCCCGCGAAAUUUCCGGUCGAAAUCAGAAUCCACUUGGCUGAUAGAAGUCGAACACAAGAAUUUCCCCUACAUUUUGGAUUGGUACUACACCUCUCAAAAUCACGACAGAGAAGAAGAGGAGGAGAAUCCAACAACACCCUCGAGAAAUUACGAAAACGCCCCUAAGGACGAUUUUUGGACCCCCCCACCGAAUCUGAUCAUCCGACCCAACCCGAAAUAUGACGAGAACUGGGAUGAUGACGAGGAUGACCCGUUUGAGGACCGUCGCCACCUGGAAGCAUCCACGUCAGCGCCACUUUUCCAGGAAAGCUUUUUGCAGCACCACGAACCCGACGGCGCAGAGAGGCCCGCAAGAAGCCAAUGGUGGGCCCGAACCCGGCUUCAGGGCCCGGGCCCACAGACGAGCUUCCUCGAGCCCCCGGUUUUCUACCGAGAGGCCUCACGCGAAAUUUACGAGAAUUUCUCGGAUAGAAGCAUGGAGGAGGAGCAGGAAUUGGAGUUGGGGAAUUCGAAAAUUGGCGGGACUUUUUACAUGGACGAUUUAGGCGGUGGGGAUUUUAAUCUUCCGUUUGAUGAUAUUUAUGGGGAUCGGCUGGAAGACUUGGCCGGAGAAGAAACGGAUCCGGCGAAUCUCGUAACAAAACAUCGCAGCUUCUUCACUGCACUGAAGAAGAAUCACAUCCCCACUUCAAAUCUGUCCGCCAUGAGAAGAGCUUCCUCCAAGCUUCUACCUCACCUCAAAAAUCAACACAGAAAACACCCCACAAUCCCACCUUUUUGUGCCGAUUUUUUCACAUCCUCCGAUCAUUCUCUGCCGCGCCACCCGAAAUCCCAUCAGAACAAACCAUUCUCCGAAACUCAAUCUCCGCUCUACCCCAACCUCGGUCUCCAUGGCUUCCGGCCCGGCCCUUCUCGCAAUUUCAGCACCCUCGUGGGCCCAAUUGCCCAGAACGGGCCCCAGGUGCCGUCGAGGCAGCGGAAAAUCAUGGAAAGAGCAGAUCUCGAAGAGGCCUUCGAGUCCGCGGAGUCCAUCGAUGAAAUGCUCGAGGCCUUCAAAGCCAUGGAGACAACUUUCGAAGAGAAGGAUUUAGGUUUGGCCUGUCUGAAAAUCGGUCUCAAGCUGGAUAAAGACGGUGAGGAUCCUGAAAAGGCCCUUUCAUUUGCUCAAAGAGCACUUAGAAUUUUCGAUGACUGCAAUGAUAGUAAUAGCGACCGUGAUUCGGGUAAAAAUAUGUUGUCUCUUCCAAUUGCUAUGACUCUGCAGUUGUUGGGUUCUUCCAGCUUUAACCUCAAAAGAUUCAACGACAGUUUAGGCUAUUUAAUUAGGGCCAAUAGGGUGUUAGCUAAGUGUGAGGCAGAAAGUUCUGUUUACAGGGACGAACAAAUUCUGCCUAUUCUGCACGCGGUUCAGCAGGAACUCUUCAACGUGAAGACAGCCAUGGGCAGGAGAGAGGAAGCUAUCGUUCAUCUGAAAAAGUCGCUGGAGAUUAAAGAAAGAACCCUCGAUGAAGACAGUAAAGAGCUCGGAAAAGCCAAUCGGGAUAUGGCCGAGGCGUAUGUUGCUGUCUUGAAUUUCAAAGAGGCAUUGCCCUUUUGUCUGAAGGCUUUGGAUAUGCACAAAGAACAUUUAGGACACAAUUCGGUUGAAGUUGCCUAUGAUAGAAGACUACUGGGGAUCAUAUACACCGGAUUAGAGGAUCACGAGAAGGCACUCGAGCAAAACCAGCUUUCUAGAAAGGUCCUGAAGAAAUGGGGACGUGACUCGGAUUUGCUUCGUGCCGAAAUCGAUGCUGCAAACAUGCAGAUUGCUUUGGGAAGGCAUGAGGAAGCCUUUAACACCUUGAAAGGGAUCGUUCAGCAGACUGAAAAGGAAAGCGAGGAUCGUGCUAUGGUGUUUGCUGCCAUGGCGAAAGCUCUCUGUAAUCAGGAGAACUUUCCGGAUGCUAAGAAGUGCCUAGAUAUUGCAUGUGGGAUUUAUGACAAGAAGAUAAGGACUUCCCCUGAUGUUGUGGCAGAAGCUUUUACUGAAAUCUCGACGCUUUACGAGACCAUGAACGAAUUCGAGACUGCGAUAUCUCUGUUGAGGAAAACACUAGCAAUGCUCGAGAAGCUUCCGCAGGAGCAGCACUCGGUUGGGAGCGUGUUGGCUAGGAUCGGUUGGCUGCUUUUGCUGACAGGGAAAGUCGAGCAGGCUGUCUCAGUUCUGGAAGAUGCUGCAGAGAGAUUGAAGGAGAGUUUUGGUUCGAACCAUUAUGGGGUGGGUUAUGUGUAUAAUAAUCUUGGGGCGGCUUAUUUGGAGCUGGACAGGCCACAGUCAGCAGCACAGGUAUUUGCAUACGCGAAGGAGAUUAUGGAUGUGGCGCUUGGCCCUCAUCAUGUGGACUCGAUUGAAGCGUGUCAGAAUCUCUCGAAAGCUUAUGCGGCUAUGGGAAGCUACCCACUAGCGAUUAACUUUCAAGAGGAUGCAGUUGAAGGUUUGGAGAGACAUGGACCAAGUGUACAAGAUGAGCUCGAUGAAGCUGUUCGAGUGCUUGGGCAACUGAAAGAGAAGGCUAGCGCUCAAGUUUCUGAAGCUCUUCUAAAAGAUUUCCCUAUACCUGAAGGUGAAGAACUUUUCCAGGCAAAGGAUUCAUCGGCUUUAGAAAGAAAAGAGAUAUUGACUAGUACAGAAGCUUUAUUCUUUUCCGGUGAAGUGAGUAACGGUCCAAGUGCGCAAGAGGAGCUCGUUGAAGCUGUUCGACUGCUGGAGCAUUUAAAGGAGAGAGAAGCUCGUAUGAAAGCCUUCACUGCACCCGAAAAAGACGAUGAAUGAAACUUUUCCUUGCUAAGGAUCCAACUUUUGGAAAGGCAGCUGUAAAAAGGUAAAGCCAUGAAGAAGCAAACUGUAUUUUAUCAGAUCAUGAAGAAAGAAAAGGAGUUUAUGAUACGGUGACCUCAGACUCUUUAAGUUACUUUGGUUUAAUAUGCAUAGUCUUGAAGGUGUUUGAGAAAGUCGGAAAAGGCUAGUUUUGUACUAGCUUUAUAUGCCUGUAAGAUAUGCUGCUGACUAUUGAAUAUUGAAAGAUUCUAGGUUUUUGGUUUAGAACAUAGCUAUUCGCAGAUAAUGUUAACUCGAAGAGUCUUUUUUUUUUCUUUUUUUUUUUCU